AUGGAAUUUAACAUGCUAAAACAACGGGCAAAAAUUGAUUGGUUUCGCUUAAGUGAUGACCACAACAAACAUUUUCAUGCAUCCAUAAAGGCGAGGCAGCAAGUCAAGAAUUGGAAAAAUGUUCAAAAAACUGAUGGUACUCAUAUGAGCAACCAACAUAAUUUAGAAAAAGAAGUGAUGGAAUUCUACAAUAAAUUGAUGGGGAAUGCUUCCAAUGAACUGGAAGGAAUUGACACACAUGCGAUGCGAGAUGGAGCCCAGUUGAAUGUAGAGCAGCGAGAAAGUCUUAUUGUGCCUGUUACAGAGGGGGAAAUUUUUGCAGCUCUUAAAGGGAUUGAUCAUGAUAAGUCACCGGGUAGUGAUGAUUAUGGGACGUAUUUUUUUAAUAAAGCUUGGCGCGUUAUAAGAACUAAUGUAGUUAGAGUUGUACAAGAUUUCUUCACCAAUAAUAGAAUAUACAAGGCUGCUAAUUGUUUGAUUGUUACACUGAUACCUAAACACAAUGGGGUGAAGGGAAUUAAGGAUUAUAGGCAUAUUGCCUGGUGCAGCACUCUAUACAAAAUCAUAUCCAAUGUGUUAGCUAAUAGGAUGACGAACGUUUUGGAUUCGAUUGUGGGGAAAAAUCAGGUUGCGUUCGUGAAGGGUCAACAAAUCUUUCUCACUUAUGAACUGAUCAAGGGUUAUGAUAGAAAAGAGGGUACUCCAAGAUGCUUGAUGCAAAUGGAUAUCCAAAAGGCAUACGAUAUGGUAGAUUAG